CCUGGGGGCUAAGUCAUGGCUUGCGGCUUUCGCAGGUCCAUCGCGGGUCAGCUUUCUAGAGUAUUGGAUCUUCCACUAGAAAACUUGAUCAAGUCAAUAUCUGCAGUUCCAAUUUCCAAAAAAGAAGAAGUAGCUGAUUUUCAGCUUUCUGUGGAUUCUUUAUUAGACAACAACAGUGACCGUUUGAGAACAGAUACACAAGUUCAAGCCAAGAGACUGGCAGAGAAGUUAAGAUGUGAUAUGGUGGUGAGUGAAAUCAGAGCUGGUCAAGGGACUGUAAAUUUCAAAAUAAACAGAGAACUGUUAACAAAGACAGUGCUACAACAAGUAAUUGAAGACGGUUCAAAAUAUGGAUUAAAGAGUGAACUAUUCUCUGGUGUCCCAAAACAGAAGGUUGUGGUUGAAUUCAGUUCACCUAAUGUUGCCAAAAAAUUUCAUGUUGGACAUUUGCGUUCUACCAUUAUAGGAAAUUUUAUAGCAAAUCUUAAAGAAGCUUUAGGACAUGAAGUAACAAGAAUAAAUUACCUUGGAGAUUGGGGCAUGCAAUUUGGUCUUCUGGGAACUGGCUUCCAACUGUUUGGCUAUGAAGAAAAACUCCAGUCCAAUCCUCUCCAGCAUCUCUUUGAAGUUUAUGUACAAGUUAAUAAAGAAGCAGCAGAUGAUAAAACUGUAGCAAAAUCAGCACGUGAGUUCUUCCACCGUCUGGAAACUGGUAACAUGCAAGCACUUUCACUAUGGCAAAAAUUUCGGGACUUGAGCAUUGAAGAGUACAUUCGGAUUUAUAAGCGCCUAGGAAUAUACUUUGAUGAAUAUUCAGGAGAAUCAUUUUAUCGUGAAAAAUCCCAAGAAGUCUUAAAGUUGUUGGACAGUAAAGGACUCCUACUGAAAACAAUAAAAGGAACUGCGGUAGUCGAUCUCUCUGGGAAUGACGACCCCUCCUCCAUUUGCACUGUAAUGCGAAGUGACGGGACUUCUCUCUAUACAACCAGAGAUAUUGCAGCCGCUAUAGAUCGAAUGGACAAGUAUAAUUUUGAUGCAAUGAUUUAUGUGACAGAUAAAGGACAAAAAAAGCAUUUUCAGCAAGUGUUCCAAAUACUGAAGACCAUGGGAUAUGACUGGGCAGAAAGGUGCCAUCAUGUGCCCUUUGGAGUAGUGCAAGGGAUGAAGACUCGAAGAGGCGAGGUCACUUUUCUGGAAGAUGUUUUAAAUGAGAUUCAGUUAAGGAUGCUACAGAACAUGGCUUCUAUUAAGACAACUAAAGAACUUGAGAACCCCCAGGAGACUGCAGAGAAGGUUGGGCUCGCAGCACUCAUUAUUCAGGACUUCAAAGGUUUACUCUUAUCUGACUAUCAGUUCAGCUGGGAUCGUGUUUUCCAGAGUCGUGGAGAUACAGGAGUCUUCCUACAAUACACACACGCCCGCCUCCAUAGUUUGGAAGAGACUUUUGGAUGUGGUUACCUGAAUGACUUCAACAUGGCUUGUUUACAAGAGCCACAGUCUGUUUCAAUUCUCCAGCAUCUUCUCAGGUAUGAAGGUUUUCUGGUAUCAUGUCUGCUCCUGUUUCUUGAAAUGGCAUUCUUGCUGACCACUGGAGUCAAGAAGCCAACAGGUGCCUCCUGUCUCUGGACUUUACCCAGAAGUAUACCCCAAGUCAGUUUUCUGCCUUUUGAGGGCAAACAGAGAGCAUGGAUGAGGCCAAUUUUCGGGGUAAAUCUUAUCACUGCUGAAUUAGCACAGAUGCUUGGCUUCCUCUAGCCCACGUAAAGCCAAUAAAAACAUAAUUUUUAGUGUUGGAAAAAAGCAUCUAUUCUCUCUUCCUGAUAAGUGAAGGAAACUCCCUGCCUUUGUGGAACUCCCCAGAGACCACAGGUCCCUCAUGUGCCUCUUGGUGUCAGUUCAUAGUCUCAAAUAUACAAGUCCAGCUGCUGCCCCCACACAAAGCCAGAGACCACACUUUUCUACUCUUAGAAGCAUUGCUGGGUAGACUGUCACUAGGUAAUAAGUUUCUAGAAAGGACUUUGGUGGGUAUGAACAAAUCACUUUUCUUUGAUUGCCAUUCCAUAGUCAGUGGUUCUUUUCUGGGAUCAGAGUAGUUUACUCACAUGUAGCUCAUGUGAAGAACAAUAAGCCUACCUGGUUUUCACAGCACUAGGGGUAGACUUUGUUUGCUAGUUUGUAUUUUAUGCCUAUAAAUGUGGCCAGAAGCUUUUUUACAUUCAAUUUAACAGCCAUGAUUUAAGUUUCUGCUCUGGACUAGGUCUAGGGAAUAUCAAGAUGAUUUAGAAAGUCUCUGCCAUCAAGGAAUUUGUAAGGAAAAAAAAGUGCCUCUGCCUUCAAAUGCACAGGCUUUUUUCCCCCUAUGCCUUCUACUCUUACGCAUGUCCAGUCAGUCUCACAUGCAGAGUUUUGUGACACUUCGUGUCUCAGCCCGUGUGACAUGUGUGGUCUUCCCUGCUCCUGU